AAGGCAGACAAAAAAGAAGAGAAGCGGAAAAAGCAAGGAAAAUGCCAACUGCGGCAAUGGCGCGUGCACUUCGAAAAAGUCUUAACUGCGCUUAGCGCGAUAUGAGUGGAAAUAUUACACCUAGUUCACAAUUUCAGCCUUCGUUUGGUGUAAAAAAAAAUGGAUGAAAUUCCGAUGGAAUCCGCAGAAUUUUCAGGCUGUGAUGCUGAGCUCGGAGUAGCAGAAGCUUGGGAAGCGGUCACAGUAGCUCUGAUGUCUCCAGGCUGCGGGCUGGAAGAUCAGAAGCUGUCCGCAUGUCUGGAGGUGUUGUGCGGGCAGGGUGCCGCCCAGCUUCUGGCCAGUUGGUUGCUAGAAGCACUGCAGAUUCGUUUGUCCUCCUCGGUGGUACCAGAGUUCUGGUGCGGACUCAACCAGGUGGAGAAUGAAGUGGAGGAAAGGGGUCGAGUCUGGUGUCUCCUCACCGCUUUCCGGACACUGAAGGAACGCCUUCACCCGUUUUUGGUGGGCUUGGAGAGGCUAGGGGCGUGGCAAGAUGAGGCCAUGGAAGGUCUGUGUGGCCCUGGUCUGCGGGGUCUCCGGGAGCGCGCCUUCACCAUCAUCAGGGGGCUCCUCCUCUUCCCGCCGUCGCAGAUCCUCCAAGAGCGAGUGCUUGACUUCUACAGCAGGACCUUCUCUGUCUACAUGAAGCGCAAGGGGGACGGGAAGGGCCAUGCCGAGGGUUCCGAGGGCCCGGAGGGGGACGCUUGCUGCGGUUGCGGGGUCCCCGCCGAGGACUGCUGGUGUCAGGAGGCUCUCGAACAUCUGAAGGAGCUCGGCCACGUCCUGUCGAGAUUGGAACUUCUGGAGUGGGUUAGCUGUGACGCCGUCACGUCCAUCCUUCACCGCCUCAUCGAGCAGUGGCUAGAGCAGCACUGCCGCGGAGAGUACGAGAGAUCCUUCUUAGAUGACUUUCAGGAGUGGUUGGAGCUGGUGGUGGGCUGGCUGGGUCAGGUGUUCUCCAGCCAGGAGGUCGAUGGCGAGCGUCCCGGUUUAGAUCCGGCCUGUCCCGCCGUCCCGGGCUUUCCGGCGUCAGCGAGUUCUGUGCUAAAGCAGUGGAGAUGUCACAUGCAUCAGUUUUUCUGUAGGAUCUAUGUCAACAUGAGAAUAGAAGAGCUAUUCAGCAUUAUCAGAGACUUCCCGGAAUCCAAAGCUGCAAUUGAAGAUCUCAAAUUCUGUUUGGAAAGAACUAACCAGCGACAGCAGCUCCUCACGUCACUCAAGUCCACUUUUGAGAAUCGCCUGCUGCACCCUGGCGUCCACACGUCGGACAUCCUCACAGUUUACAUCUCGGCCAUCAAGACCCUCCGAGAACUGGACCCGUCCAUGGUGGUUCUGCAGGUCGCUUGCCAGCCCAUCAGGAAGUACCUCAGGACUCGUGAAGACACGGUGCGUCAGAUCGUGGACGGUCUGACGGGUGACGCAGUGACAGGUUGCACCGACCUGGCGUCUGAGCUUUGCCGAGGCGACCCAGUCACGCUGGAGAUGCAGGACAGUGACGAAGAAGGUGGCGACCCCGAGGGCUGGACCCCCGACCCCACUGAUGCUGUGGCUGACAAGUCAGGCUCCAAGCGGCGCUCGUCUGACAUCAUCAGCCUGCUGGUCAGCAUCUAUGGCAGCAAGAACAUCUUCAUCAGCGAGUACCGCGCUGUGCUGGCCGACAGGCUGCUGCAUCACAACUACAACACCGCCAGGGAAAUCAGGAAUGUGGAGCUGCUGAAACUUCGCUUUGGAGAGUCACACAUGCACUACUGUGAGGUCAUGCUCAAGGACAUGGCCGACUCUCGCCGCAUCAACAGCAAUGUCUGCGAGGAGGAGGGAGGGGCGGGGUCCAGGCAGGAAGGGGAGGAGGCCGGGCCGCCGUCGUGGUUGUCGGCCACCAUUUUGUCAUCUGAAUUUUGGCCGCCGCUGAAGGAGGAAAAGAUGGAGAUGCCCGAGAUCGUGCAGCGGGCCACUGACGCCUACACGCGGCGAUACGAGAAACUCAAGGCCAUGCGGACUUUGAGCUGGAAGCCUCAGCUUGGAUCAGUCACGCUGGACGUGGAGCUGGAGGACCGCACCAUCAGCAACGUCACUGUGUCACCUGUGCAAGCCGCCAUUAUCCUGCACUUCCAGGAUAAAAGUAGUUGGACUCUGGAGGAGCUGAGUGCCAAGCUGAGCGUGCCCAAGGAGGCGGUGCACAGGAAGUUGGCAGUGUGGCAGCAGCACGGCGUCCUGCGCGAGGAGAGCGGCGGCCGCUACUCCGUCAUCGAGACGGCGUCGUCGUGCAAGGACAAGAUGGAGUGCAGCGCCGUCAUGAUGAUCGACAGCGACGAUGAGCGCGACUCCAACACCGCCACGCAGACGCAGCAGAGGGAGGAGAAGAUGCUGCUGUUCUGGGCGUAUGUGCAAGCGAUGCUGACCAACUUGGACUGCAUGACGCUUGAGCGCAUCCACUCCAUGCUGAGGAUGUUCGUGUCAGCGGGGCCCGUCGUCCCCGAGAUGGACGUCAACGAGCUCGAGGCCUUCCUGCAGCGCAAGGUCCGCAACCAUCAGCUUGUCUUCUCCACCGGCGUCUACAGGUUGCCCAAGACUACCUGAGGGAGUCUGACGACUUCACAUUGGAUUCCUUGUAGUGGAAGGACACAAUGAGUUGGUGGUCCCAAUGUGACAUAAAGCUUAUGUGCCAACUGCCAAAUUGACACCACAGAAGGAAGGAAAAAAACAUUGGGUACAUUGGUUUUUUUUUUUUUUUUUUUUUUUUUUUUUGCUCGUUGUUCCCUCGCCCUCUGUUAACACUUUAAG